UUCAUCCAGCUUGUUGGCAAAAGUCCGUUCAAGACGCCAUCGUCAUCUUUUGGUUGCUCGUCGAGAAAAAUGGAACCGCUUCAAAUAUUCUUCGCAUUAUUGCUGGCAACAACGCUGUUGAUACAGUCAACGAGAGCUGCUCCAUCGGCGGAUCCGGGUUGUUGUUGCGGAACCUGUUUCAGCUGCAGCUGCUGCUGCUGUGGAGGGUGCCGUGGAGGUCAACAGGUCGGCGAUACUCUCGAGGGACUUGAGUCCGAAACCGAAGAGGCCCAGGUUCGUUCUCCGUUCCUGCCGGCACUGGUGGCCGGAGCCGUGGAGGCAGCCGAACUGAUUGGCCCAGCUUUGGCUAUGGCCGGUCGUUUUGCGUUGAAUGCCAUCAAGAAUGUUCCCCCGCAAAUGUGGGAUAACAUAGGAACGGCGACGGGAAUAGCGGCCGAUGCUGCAACUGUAGUGUUCGAUAAACAGGAGGAGGAAUAAUAGGGAAAUAAAUACAUUCUCACUUGUUUCAGCAAAGUUGUUGAGCAGGUCAGGAA